AUGGCGAAGUUUGGCAUUUGCUUUGGAUAUAUUCUACUUGUCCUAAUGCAGAACAUAGUGGCGCCAAAUCCCUUGCUCAAUAGGUACAAUGACCAAGAGUUGGACAGUCUGAAGGACCUAAUACACAGACUUGAGGAGAAGCUGACCUCCAACGAUGAACCUGAAGUUUACCCAGGAUAUGAAGACGCAAAAGUGGAUGCCGAGGAAGAAGCCGUUGACAUUUCGCCCAGUGCCCUCCGCCAAGGCGAAGACAGCGUACUUAUGAACACACCAGACAGAGCUCUCCCAGAUAGUGCCGCAAGGUCACGGUUCCGAGAUCUGGCAGGCUUGACAAGGACUGCCAAAUCUUUCAACAGCUGUUUUGGUAACAGGAUCGAAAGAAUUGGGUCAUGGAGUGGACUCGGAUGCAACAGUAUCAAGACCGGAACGAAGAAGAGGAUAUUUGGGAACUGA